CGCAGUGCGGUGUUUGUCUGCCGGACUGACGGGCGGCCGGGCGGUACGCGGCGGCGGCGGGGAAGAUGGCGGCGUCCUCCCUAGAGCAGAAGCUGUCCCGCCUGGAAGCGAAGCUGAAGCAGGAGAACCGCGAGGCCCGGCGGAGGAUAGAUCUCAACCUGGAUAUCAGCCCCCAGCGGCCCAGGCCCAUUAUUGUGAUCACUCUAAGCCCUGCUCCUGCCCCGUCCCAACGAGCAGCCCUUCAGCUCCCACUGGCCAAUGAUGGGGGCAGCCGCUCACCCUCCUCAGAGAGCUCCCCACAGCACCCUACACCUCCUGCCCGGCCCCGCCAUAUGCUGGGGCUCCCACCAGCCUCUUUCAUCCCGCGCAGCAUGGAGAGCAUCGAGAUUGACCAGAAGCUGCAGGAGAUCAUGAAGCAGACGGGUUACCUGACCAUCGGGGGCCAGCGCUACCAGGCAGAAAUCAAUGACCUGGAGAACCUGGGCGAGAUGGGCAGCGGCACCUGUGGCCAGGUAUGGAAGAUGCGCUUCCGGAAGACUGGGCACGUCAUCGCAGUCAAGCAAAUGCGGCGCUCGGGUAACAAGGAGGAGAAUAAGCGGAUUCUCAUGGACCUUGAUGUGGUGCUCAAGAGCCACGACUGCCCCUACAUCGUUCAGUGCUUUGGCACCUUCAUCACCAACACUGACGUCUUCAUCGCCAUGGAGCUCAUGGGAACAUGUGCCGAGAAGCUCAAGAAGCGAAUGCAGGGCCCCAUCCCUGAGCGAAUCCUGGGCAAGAUGACGGUGGCGAUCGUGAAGGCGCUCUACUACCUGAAGGAGAAGCAUGGUGUGAUCCACCGCGACGUCAAGCCCUCCAACAUCCUGCUGGACGAGCGGGGCCAGAUCAAGCUCUGCGACUUUGGCAUCAGUGGCCGCCUCGUCGACUCCAAGGCCAAAACACGCAGUGCUGGUUGUGCUGCCUACAUGGCGCCUGAACGCAUCGACCCCCCGGACCCUACCAAGCCCGACUACGACAUCCGGGCUGACGUGUGGAGCCUGGGCAUCUCGCUGGUGGAGCUGGCAACGGGACAGUUUCCCUAUAAGAACUGCAAGACGGACUUCGAGGUCCUCACCAAAGUUCUCCAGGAAGAGCCUCCCCUCCUGCCUGGCCACAUGGGCUUCUCAGGGGACUUCCAGUCUUUUGUCAAAGACUGCCUUACUAAAGAUCACAGGAAGAGACCAAAGUAUAAUAAGCUACUUGAACACAGCUUCAUCAAGCGCUAUGAGACACUAGAGGUGGAUGUGGCCUCCUGGUUCAAGGAUGUCAUGGCAAAGACCGAGUCGCCGCGGACUAGUGGAAUCUUGAGCCAGCACCACCUGCCCUUCUUCAGGUAG